AUGAUACUCGAGGUGCACGGCGAGUCGAGCGAAGUCCACGGCUGCCGCUGCGCGACGCGUGACGGGUGUCCGCUGUGCGCCCCGUCCGAUCUAUUUCGCAAGGCAAACGGUGCGCACAUCUGCCGGUGGCUGCUUCUCUCCAAGCGCAUCUCGGUUGAGCACGGCGCGAGCUACAUGACUGCACCCGAGCGUGACGCCGACUCGAUCGUGUUCCACACCCUCCGGCUUCUUCGCAGCGCGUGCUUCAAUCAUUUGUUCCGGUGUGACUUCCUCGAGGGGUCGACGCGGCCCCUCGCAAGCCAAAGCGUCACGGCGCUGCAGAAGCUCCGUGAUAUUUGCGCCAACGUCCACCACCCAAAGCUGGUCUUGUCGAAAGCCACGCUGCUGGAUGCAAUCGUGAUUCUGGGACAGCUCUGCGCCGAGGACGGGCUUCGCGAGUACCUCGGUGUGAAACUCGAGUUUGCCGGCUUGGUCUUUGCGAUUAUCGACGAUGAUCGACAAGCCAAGGUGCCGUACAUGCUACGCGCGUGCGUCCUCGUGCUCUGUCGCCUUGCCUCCGCCGAGACCGUGCUGCGCCACCCGAGCUUUCGUCGCACGAUGCACCUCACAAGCACGCUUCUGAGCCGCGACGACGUCGUCUCGGACAUGAUGUGCCUCCACAACGUGUUGAUGUUUUACCGCAACACGGUCGCGUUUGGCAAGCAACUCUCUCCCUACAUCCACGAGCACCUCAGCGACCGUGUGCUGGCGGCCCUCGGGCAGCUGCUCUCACUCACUCUGCCGACGACGCCGGGCUUUGACGUGGAAACCACGAUGCGCAUGGCUGCUGCCGAUGCUCUCGCGCACCUCCUCUUCUACCAGCACAAGGGCCAGCGACAUGCCGUGAGCUCCAAUGCGCAGACGCGCCGCUUGACGAAUUUGAAUGCCGCACAUCGAAUGGAGUCGUCGGUCGUCGCUGCGGCGACUACAAAAGCGCCGAUGGCUGCCGUGUUUCGCCGCAUUGGCGAGACGUGGCGCGCGCACCUGCAUAAUAUGAGCCGCGACGACCUCUCGUCGUUUGCGGCUUUUACGGACCUCCUUGCGAUCCACACCAAGCUCCUGCCGAAGUCGACGCCGCGUGAUACGCCCGCCGUCUCCAGCGUGCUGACGCCCCGGGGACCGCCACCACCGCUCGACGUGCCCGCCUUCUUCGCGACCGAGCAUCCGGUGCCGAGCGACCUCCGCGAGUAUGCGUUUCACGGCCAUCUCGACCACGUGCCUGGGUCGGCCUCGCUCUGGAAGGUGCUCCGAAAGCUCUUUCGCAACUGCAUGUGUCGAGGCGAGCUGUCGGCGCUCUCGAGCGUUCAGAUCGACAUGUUACUGCGCCUACUUUUGGUCUGCGCACGCGACGGACGCAGUGCGAGCUCUGCGGCGUCGUUCGCAUGGCUCAUGGAUGUCGAGCUCGAGUACAUUCGUCUCGUCCACGACGUCGUACACUCGCACCCGCAGCUACACAACCUCGCAGUGUUUGAGACCGUCUCGGCGACAGCGCACCGGUUCUUUGCCAAAGCCACGACGUCAACCAACGCCUUUUCGUGCCGUAUGCGCGGAUUUGUGCUCUUGCACGCGUUCGUGCAGGACAGCGCGUGCGUCGAAACGCUGAGCAAGUACCUCGUCGCAGUGCUACCGUCGCCGCCGCUCGACGUCGUCGUCGACCCGAUCGAGUAUGAGCUGCCGACUCGGGCUCGGGAGUGCUUGAACGGACUCGUGGUCGCGCGGUACCCAACGACGUGGACCAGCAAAGACCGCGCCAAGCCCCGAACGCUCGUGUUCUUGUCGCCCGACGUGACGCAGGCAACCAUGCUACCAUUCGGUCUCGGCGUCAUCUCGGCUCUCGUCCGAAGCGACGCCCGCUUCAUCCAUUGGUUUGUGCACCUUGGCGGGUUUGCGACGCUGCUCGAGGUGUUGGACCUCGAGCUCGAGUUCCACGAUGUGCCCAUCGUGCCAUCCCGUGUGACGAUCCUCAAACUCACGUUGGAUCUCAUGCGACAGAGUCUCGACCGCCUCCUCGUGCUCACGGCGCACACCAAAACGGAGAUCAAGCAGGCGUCUAUGGGCGUCGUCAUGGCACUUGUCACGACGCCCCAAGCCUGCAAUGCGCUGUACAUGCUGCAGGCCCAUAACGCAGUGCUGCCAGUCGUCAACAAUCGCGACGCCAGCGUUGUCCGGUCGCACCUCGAGAUCUUGCGGCAACUCUUUGGACAGAUCGUCACGGAGCACGAAGGCCAGUAUUUUUUCAUCGACACGAGCACGACGGUCGACGCACGCAAGUUUAGCGCUCUUGCGACGCUGCGGGUCCUGCACUUGCUCAAGCCCACGACGCUCGUCAAGCUCACGCGCGGCCUCGAGCCGCUCUCCCGUGCCGACUCGAAGACGCUUUCAAUAUUGAGCGACGGCCGCUGCGCCAACGUGCCGCUCUGGCUAAUUGAGCGCUACGUCGAGCGUGAGGCGUUUACUGGACUGAGCCUCGGUGCCGACCGCGACCGGCAGAGCCUCGUCGUUGUGGACCUUGUCGCGCGCCUCAACGCGCUCUUGAUGAGUCAUACGAGUGGAAGUGAGAAGGGCUAUGUGCUCACCCGUGCCGAGUACUUGAACGCCGUCGACGAGAAGGAGCGCACCGCGGUCGCACGUGCCGUGUGGUGUACGCUACAGCAGCUGCCCAUUGCCGAGAGCGCGACUCCCAAACGGCUUCCGAUCGUACAGCAAAUCUACCGGGCGCUCAUCGAAAACCGGGCCCAGCUCAACCGGACCGUACGGCGAGUAACGCAGUCCUUGGACGACCAUGCACGCGUGCGCCGCCAGCACACGCUCCACGGCCUCUUUGGGUACCUGCGCAAGAGUCUCUUACUGCGAAGUUUGUCUCUCGAGGCGAUUGGCGCACUCGGGCGACACAUGCCGGUGCCCACCCUCUUUAACGAGGACCAGCUCGAGACGUCCAUGGUACUCGUGAACCAAGGCGAGAUCCAAAUCGAACUCCGCCCAAGCAUGUUUGCGUUCCGGUUUCCCAACACACGCCCGUGGAAGCGCACGUUCAGGCCUGGCGACAUUGUAUGGUGUCCGUCUUGGCUCACGACCGACCGCCGCAUCGAGCCGUACGCCAAGGCCAAGUACAUCAUCAAGCACUGCGCGCCGCACACGACAGUGUUUCUCUGGACGCAGAAGCAGCACGAGUACUACCUUACCGAGUCGGACCGCACGCUCCUCUCGACUGACAUUUCGUCCAUGGUCAACAUCCUCUGCAAUGGCGCGCUGGUCGACGUGCCGCCGCGCAUUGCCGCGUUUUGCCGCGAAGACGCCGACUUGCGCCAGCUUCAAGUGUACGGCAUCCAGACGCUCGCGCACCUCGCGGCCGGAAGCGCCACGUUUGCGGCGUCUUUUGUGACGGACACGGGCCUCAUGAAUGCGCUCGUGUCGCUGGCGUUCUCGACGCUCCAUGUGUCGCUUGUUGUCUCGGCGCUCGAGGCACUGCAGAGUAUGACGGCCGAGCCGAAUUUGGCUCAGCAAUUUUACACCCUCCGCCUCGAUCGGUUCGCGCCGCACGCUGUCUUGCACGGCAUUCUCGACGCCGUGGACCUCUGGUGCGUUGCGCCUGUCGUCGCGACGACGGUUCUCGCAUUUCUGCGCCAGAUCUAUGCGCUUGUACCUGCCGCCCGCGCUACCAUACCUACAACGUGGCGCAUGACGCACUUUUUGUCGAUGCGGUCGUUCAUGAGGUCGACCGACGUGGGUCUCGUGGGGGCGGUCACGGGCCUCCUGCACGACCUCGUGGGCCCUGACCUCAUGACGGUGUUUACAGCCGGCGGACUUCACUUUGCGUGUGCACAGCUCAUUGGCCACUGCCCGGGGUCCAUGCUGCCGGACGUCCUGCACCUCGUGCUGCUGUUUUGCCAGGACGUGGCCACGAGAGCGGCCAUCUGGGCCCACCCCGGCUUCCAUGCGACGCUCGAUACCACGCUACUGCAGAUGUUCAAGCGGCUCGACUCGGCGAGCAACGACGAAGCCCGCAAAAUCAUCGCGUUCUUCAACAUGCUCACGUUCUCGACGAUCGACGCAUCACGAGACGUGGCGUACCGCGUGCUCCUCGGCCAGAAAACCAACCUCGUCGCGCACCUCGUGCUGCAGAUCGGGCUCGGCGGUAGCAACGUGGAUAUCUACCUCGAUUGCCUCUGGCGACUCUGCCACGGCAACGCCGCCAACGCCCAGCGCGUUGUUGGGAACAACUCGUCGGGCGACGUCCGUCACGGGCUGGCGACGCUGGCCUCGACGCCCAGCGCUCCUGCCUUUGCCAACUCGCUCCGCUGCAUUCGGUCGCUCUCGGAGCACCCUGGAAAUGCCGACGCAUUCAGCUCGGUCGGAUUGCCCGAUAUUCUCUUUCGCUACGUUAACAGCGAGGCGUGGCAGCGCCCCGAAACGAGCACAGCACUGCAGGCCCUUGGAAGCAUCUUUGCGCAAUCGAAGCUUGGUCGAAGCCUCUUCACACCGACGCACAUGGCCCUCCUCGCGUCCAUGUACGCCCGCCACCUGGAGCACCUGCCCGCAACGACCGAGCUCGAAACGUGGGGACUUGUGCUCGCCCGGCUUUUGGAGCUCCUCAGCUGCGUCACGGCCGACGCACGUACUCGGCAGAUUGUCUGGAGACACUGCGAAGGCGCGACGCGCAGCGAACUCGGGUGGGGCAGCUGGAUGCAGCUCUUGUACCCACCGCAGCAGCCAACCGCGAUGCGAUUGAGCGUCGAGAUGAAGCGGAACGUGCACACCCACACGCUUUGCCUUCUUGCGGCGCUCUGCCUUGAAGACACGGUCGCUCAGGUCGUCGUUGCGCACCCACAGUGGUGUCGCUACUUUAGUGCGCUGGCGCUGGACGCGAGCGUGCAAGCUCGCGACAUGCCCGCCGUCCUGCGGCUUCUCGUUGCCAUUACAGAAUACUGCGUGGGAAAGAACGAGCCACUGAGUGCAGUGCUGCCAGCGCGACCCCGUCUCUAUCGACUGCUGCUCCUCGUGGGGCUGCACGAAGUGGACGCCCUCGUUUUUCGAGUUCUGUGGCUCUGGGAAGCACAAGCCUGCGAGACGACAGACGACGCCACGACGCUCUUUACAACAGAAGGCCUCGGCCUCGAGACGUACUCGGCCUACCUCCUCGCGCGAACCGCUGCGACGGCAGCGGACCGCUGUAUGUUUUUGGGGUUCCUCGUGCACUUUUUUCCAAUGGCGUCCAUUCAAGGGCUCUCGACAGUGCGAAUGGUGGCCGACCACGUGUGCAUGUGCCUCCGUCGUCUCCCUGUACGCAUGAAUUGGGCGGCGUUGGCGGCUACCGAAGACGCCAACUACUCAUUCGUCGCCUGGAACGACGCCAAACUCAACCUUGGCGCGAUGCUGCAUGUUAUCCGGCUCGUGCGUCUUGUCGUGGAGCACGACCAGCUGCAAGGAUUGUUCGAUCAUCGGCCGAUCCACGAUCUUCUCGGCGACGUGGCCUCGUGGAUGGUCGACGCGGUCAUUGCGCUGCCGUCCGAGAUGGUGGUCGUCGCUGCACACCUUCUCGUCGAGUGGUCUGCCGUGCUUCAGUAUGCCUUCAAGUGUCGUGUUCUGUCGUUUGAGCGACCCACGCUGCUUGUGUUCGUGCAACAGAUGCUGCGCCUUCUACCGUUUCUGCCGCCGGAGGCUGCCAUUGCCGGACUGCGCUGCCUCGAUGUGCUCUGCGACAAGAACAUCGAGGUGUGCCUUGCCCUGCAGCGACUUGGUCGCAAUUUCUUUGUCGACCUCAUGGCACUUUUGGGUCUCGAUACGCUCGGGGCGCGCGGCAAACGACCCUUGUUUCGGCUACUGCAAGCGCUGGUGGCGUCGUCGUUCCGGCACGCCCGGCACGCCGUGGCCGUUGGUUGGCCCACGCGCUGCUUGGAGAGCAUUGAGGCCGAGAUGUGUGCCCCCAGUGCGUGCGUUGUCGUCAUGCGUCUCUUGCGCGUGCUCGGUAUCGACGUGGUGCUGCCAGGCGACCUCCGCGUCCGACUGCUACUGGCGCUCGUAGCACCGGCUAUGGUGACCUCGAUACUCGACCGCAACGCGCGCGUGUCCUGGCUCGCGUGCCUCGACCAGUUGCUGAUGUCGGCUCCAGCGCUCUGCGAAAUGCUUGCCACUCAUUGGGACGCGAGCGGUGGUCCGUUGGUGCGGCACCUCUUGGACCGUCUGCACGACAAGCUCGCGGACGUCGAGGUGCCGCGCCACGAAAGCGUGCCGUACACUGCGAUGCGGGUUUUACAGCACCUCAUGCAGCCGCGACUCGUGCCGUGCCUCUUGACGCUUGCGGAGCCGUGGGACCGUUUUUUCAAAAGCCUCGUUUGCCCCAAAGGCAACAUCAACUUGUAUGCGUUUGUCGUCUUCAAGUCGCUCGUGGCAGCGGCAGGCGCAGAUCUCGUUCGAACACCGGUCUGUCACAGCCUCCGGAACGCUCUGGAAACCCCGGACGCGAUCCCGACGCCGCUUUACCUCGAGUUUGUGGCCAUGUACGCCCAGAAUAUACUCGCACACAUGACGUCGCCCAGUGACGCGGCGCAAUUCCCGUGGUCGGUCGUUUUUGAGCGCUGUGCCGCCGCGCUUGGCGAGCCGCACGGAUGGAGCCGACACGCCGCGCUCCUCGCUCUGCACGCGUUUCUGCACUUGCCCGGUCACGCGCUGUACCUCCGAACCGUUCCGACGGCGAUCACGUUUGAGAUUCGCGCAGCGAUGCAAGCUCUUCUGGACGCUGUCGACUUGCCUGCUCUCGAACAUAGCCAUGGUCGAGCAAAUCCGGCGCUCAUCGUACCGAUUCCGAUGGGGCUUGAUGGCGGGGACGCCGUGUACGCUGCCGAGCACAUGGACGAUGUGCACGUCUUGCCGCUCAGCAACAAGGCGGUGCUGGCAGCGACACACCAGAACGUCGAGGUCCUCGUCGUGCUUCUCCUUCGGCACAGCAACGCAGCACUCUUGCGGCUCUUGCUCCAGCACACAAGCGUUCAACGCACGACGACAGUGCAACCCGUGGACCCCAAGCGCAGGACCGUCGCAGCGAUGAGGAAAUCAUUUCGACGAUGCGCCGUGAGCCCGCCCACGAAGCCUGGCCACAUGUUUACAUCUAUGGGCCUCGACGGGCGGCGCCAGUUUGCGCUGGCGCUCGCGUGUCUCGAACGACUGGACACUGCGACGUCCGGCGUGUUCUCGGCGCGCCGCCUGGACCGCACCGCGAUGGUGGUGACGCACGCGUUUGUCAACGCCGACGACGUGCCGACGAGCCUCGAGUGGCUGCAACAGCUCUUUGCAGCGACGACGGCGGUCGGCCCGACGGUAGCAGCCCAGCUCGUGCACGCGAGCCAGCCGCUGCUGCUGCUUCUGUUCCGCCUCGCAGGGUCGCGCGAGUCGAUCGCACUUCGCAAACUCGCAACUGCGAUGUUGUGGCUCGUCGUGUUGGAUGACGGCGGUUCGGCCCUGUUCCAAGCGACCUUGAAAGCGAGUCGAUCAGACCUGCUACACCAUCUCGAGGUUAGUCUAAUCCUCGAGCCGCCGCAACGUCAUGUGUCCUUCCCGCCGGCGCUCGGUUGGCGCGAUCUGCUGCAAGCCACCUGCGGCCUUCUCGCCGCGCUCAGCCACGCACCGGAUUUGAGAAGCGCCGUCGUCGGCCGCGGUUUUGUCGGUCUCGUGCUUGCUGUUGUUCGGACCGAGCGUCCCGCGGCGUUGCACAAGACCAACGUGCACUUUAUGACGCUGCUCGACGUCGUCUUUCGUCAAGAAACGGAGAUGCGCACGAGUUUGGAGCCCCUCAUGCUGCAUGUGCUCCAGUGCCUCGAGCUCGACAACGAGGUGGAGCUCCGGGCCAAGGCGAUCCAGGUCCUGCACCUCAUGUGUCUCGACGCGCCGGGGAGGCAGGUGCUGGAGAUACAUCUCUUUCCGCCGCCACCGCCAGUGGACGACGCUGCAAAACACGCGACAGCAACGGUUCGCUCGCUUGAAGCCAUGGCCCACCUUGUUGCUCUCACCGAAGCGCUCAAGCUUCGCGACUCGCGCGAGACCGAGUGCGCAGCCAUCUCGAUCGUCCAGAUGUUGUGCGAUGACGAGCGGCAUCGAGAGUACCUCCGCGGCUGCCGCGCCGCCUCUGCCGAGUCUCUCGUGCAGCUCAUCCUUGGCCUUCUCGAGGUCACGAUUGGCACGCGCCAUCGCAACCACGUCAUGCAGCGAACCGAGCCGCUCCCGCUUCUGGUUGCCGCGACGGGCACCGCGGCGCUCGCGUGUCUCGAGCGCCUCGAGGUACACCACGACGUCUUUCGCAGCAUCGCAGUCGGGAGCCGGGUCGUCGUGCAGCUUUUUGCGGCCAUGGGCUGCGUGGAGCUCGAGAUUGCGUACACGGCAAGCUCCCUCUUGGUGGCGAUCGUGGGGUUUGCGUCGGACCCGGCAGUCGAAAUGCUCUUGCUCGAGACGCCGUUGAUGGACGAGGACCCCGACAGCGACGACGACGAUGAGCACACGAUUAGUAAGCGCAGGCUGUCUUUGCGCAGCGCGAGUUCCGUCCAGAUGGACGCGCACCUGCCGGUCGACCACCCAAAACGGCAUGCGCUCAACCGCCUCAGAUGUUUUCGGCACAAGGUCGGCGGCGCGAUCCCGAGUUACUUUGAGCUCCUCGCGCACUUGGCCGAGUCGUUUGCCGUGUCGAUGCCGCCUGCGCGCGCGCCGCUCGUAAGCAACGUGUUGGAGUUGCUGCACACGGCGCUGCGGGGCUUUUUUGCGACGAUCUACAUUCCGAUCACGGACACGACUCGGGCGCACCACAGCCGCCUCGCCAACGUUGCCUACCGCAUCGCGUUUGCAGCCGUCCCCAGCAGCAGUGAGGUCUACGAGCGGCUCCAGAACGAAGCGCUCGCGACGCUGUACCAUCUGAGCUGCCACGUCGGCGACUACAGCGCUGCUGUUUUCGAAACUGCACUUGCCGUCGAGACGCUGCUCCAGCGCAUUCGCGUCGCGCCGCCGCGGUGUCAGUUUGAGUGCGCGCAGCUGCUUCGCGCAAUCACGCGCCACGAGAGCGUCAAAGGUGUCUUCUACACAAACGACCUCUUUGCGUUUCUGAGCUGGAUGAACGAACCGGUCUUUGUGGACAUUCUGCAGGCACUGUUGCAGACAGCGAGGAACCUCCUCUCGCCGAGCAACGCGCGCGGCUACAACCCGCUCCACCUUGCGCGUCUUCUAUUGACCGAGACCAACCUCACGUCGAGCAGCCGCAGCUCAAUCCUCGUCGACCACGCGACCAUCUACCGGCGCGUAACCUUCAAUCUGCGCCUCAAGAGUGGCAUCAGCCGCGUGCUCAAGGUCACGUACGUGCUUCAAGCGGCGUCCGAGGCGCCGAGAAUGGUGGUGCACCGGCGCUACUACCUCCACAACAGCGACACGGUGAUCCAAGAGUCGUUCUUCUGCAGCGUUCUCGUCACUGCGAUCGAGUGCACCGCGUCGGAGGAGCACCGGAAAGACGUUACUGUCGCCUUUGCGUACACGGUUGCGCCCCUCGACGCUGGGGGCGUCUUCACCGCCACUCGGUCGCAGCCCGUCUUCGAUAGCACGGCCACCCUUGUGUUGGACAUUGCCGACGAAAUGGUCUGCGACUUGGCCAACCUCUCGGGGCCGCUCGGCGACGUGCUCUCGUUCUGCGUCCAUAACGAGAUGGUCGUUGAGGUCGACCUCGUCUCGGAGCUGCUUGGCGAGCUCUGCAAGCAGGACGCCGUCUUUUGCGACCCGAGCUUGCAUCUCUGGUGCUUUGUGGCGUUCCUCAUGCACUAUGGCGGCGCGCACAACACGCCGACGCACGCCAUGGUCUGCCUCAAGGCCAUCGGUGAAGCCGCGUCGCCCGACCAUGCAGCCUACCAUACGUACCUGCAGCACGCGCUGUACUUGCUCCAGAUGUUGCGCAUCUACGGUCUCUCGUCCGAUAUGAUUCCGGACCGCGACCGCCCCAGCGUCUGUCUUCGGCACAAGGAAGCCACUGCGUUCCUUCUGAGUCUUGGCAACAUGGUGGCCGCGGGCCUCUCGCAGUCGUUGGCCGAGACGUACAUGAACAUGCUCUUGCUCGAGCUCGGUGGUGUCGUCCGGUACCUCUGCGGCUUCCACCGCAAGCAGGACCACCUCUGCUGUACCCACCUGCAGCUCCACGCGACGCUCUCCAAAGUCUGGCCUGCCCACGCGCGCAUUCUCGCCAAGAAGCGCUUUGUGAGCGACCACCUGCGGCAUUUUGAGACGGCCGCGCACUUGAGCGACGCCAGCAUCGAGCACGCAGCAGCUGCGAUCCUCACGCUGGUCGAGCACUCGAGCUCGUGCUACAAAUUUGUGCGCCACCGAGGACUCGACCUCGUGGGACGGCUCGCCCACGUGCUCUACACACGCUACCAUGGAACUACGCACCCGCAGAAGAUUGCCACCAUUCUGCGCUCGUUUGUGCUCAUUGCGAGCUUUCUAAGCACCAACUUGCUCAUCACGGCGUCGCUACCGCCUGAAAUCCACCACGCGUUCUUCCCCAACGCCCUCUCGCCGCACGUCAUGCCGUUCGUAGAGCUCGUGCUCUGGCCGCUCCUCCCGUUCGACGACACGGAUGUGUGGCUCGAGUCGACAAUGUUAGCCGCGACGCUCCUCGCCCAAGUUGUCGAGGGAAGCGUCGACCGGCGCGUCAUCGAGCAGCACGUGCUCGCAAUCGCGUUCCGACUGCACAAUGCGCCGCGCGUGCAGCUACUGCAGCGCGCCGUGCAGCGCGCCCUUCGCCUCACGGCGCGCGACCACGCGUUCGCCGUGCGCGUCGUUCAGAAAGUGUACUUUUUGGCCGUCGUGAAAGGCAUCAAAACGGGCGUUUUGAGCGCCGAGUGCCGCGAACUGCUCCCGACGCAAGCGAUCACGCAGCUCGAGACGCUGGCCGACGACUCGUUCGACGUCGUCUUGCGCUACUGCGUGCAGUUUACGGAGCAGCACCGCGACAAUCGGCUGCGCGACAUCCUCGUGCGCAACCGCAAGAAGGGCAUCGGCGACAUGCUCAACGCGGUCGACCACUCGGCGCGGCUCAUGACGUUUGUGCAUCACGUGCUGAGCAUGGUGCUGGAAAUGUAUACCGGCUUCGUCGCCAACGACACGCCGCACGCCGAGGCCAAGCUCCGGCGCGUCACGUCCUUUGUCAAUCAGCUCGAGACGCUGGCGCUGACCGUGCUCUCGGUCCUUGACCAGCUCGACGCGUCGUACUUUGGCCACAUCUUCUUGCAGUUUCACGAAGUGCGCUUUCCCGAGGCGCGCCGCGACGUCAACGUCGCCGAGCGGCGGCACUUUAUGCGCAACAACAUGAAGAAGAUCUUGUUCAUCCUCAAGCGCAUCAUCGACCGCAAGAAGCUCGGGAGCCUCCUCGACGAAGCCUCGUUCACACACGCCGAGGACGUCUUGCGCGACAUCCGACUCGAUUUUGCUGCCAACGGCCGCCGGCGCCUCGGCCAAGCGUGCGACACUGACGCGUCGAUCGCCGAUCUUUUCUGCGAAGCGAUCGAAGUGCACGGCGUCGGGCCGUUUGUGACGCUCACCGCGAGCGCGCGCUACCUCUUUGCCCGCACGAUGCGGAAAGAAGACAACUCGAGCUACGGCUUGGAUGAGUUUAUGGUCGGGCACAUCAAAGCCGCGGGCCUCGGCGACGCCAUCCGCGCGCUGCUGCAACGAAUUGGGCGUGGCGUCUUGUUUGUGUGCAAGCACCCGCGCCUCGCGCUCUCGUCGAUCCAAAGCAUCCUCGUUGCGUGGCGGGCCCGCAAGACCAAGGCGAGCGUACCCGAGGUGGCCAACACCGCGCGCCGCCCCAGCGCGUCGCCCACCAACCCCUUGUUUCACGGCGUCAACCGGCCGCUCGUGUCCUCUUUCCCGUUGGCCUCUCUGCUCACGCUACCGCGGCACGAAGCCGCCGCAAGCAUCGGCUUGCUCUGGAAGUACCUGCGCGUCUUUGGCACCGACCGGUCAGCCGACGGGACGCUCGCGUUGAAGCCGCGCUUCGUCGAGCAGCUCUGCCCGACGCUGCCAAGCGCCAAGCAAGAGCUGCUCCGAGCCUUUCUUAAAACAGGCGACGCCGCGACGCUUGAGACCCACUUUGAGCACGCCGAGCUCUACCUUCUUCGGCAAAAGCUCGAGUCGCUCAUUGGGCGCGAAACGGGGGCAGAUGUGUCGCUCGACAUUGUGCAGCACGUGACGCUGCCCGUGAACGUCUGGCAGUUUAUUCUGUCGCCGGUCCAGCACACGCGACUGCUGCACCUUGAAUUUGUGCUCUCGCAAGCGCGCACGUUUGGCUCUCUCGCCGACUCGGUCGCGCACGCCAAAGCGCUCGACUCGCGCCACCUUGAGAGCGACAUCACGAAGCUCUCGGGGCUCAUUACGCGGGCCCGUCCAAACAUCAAGAAGCCCCAGCACCACCGAUUGCUUCCUCGGUCGUCGCGCCGUGCGAUCAAGCAGUGGGUCGCGCGCUCCGUGGGCAUGAACUACUAUGUCGAGAAGGACGAUGGCAAGACCGUCGACGAGAUCAAGAAGGACCCGACCGACGUAGUGUACGCCGAGUUUGUGCUUCCUGUCGCCGACAAGGUGCUCGAAGACCCGCUCUCGGAGCAAAUGGCGUGGGGGUACCUCGUCGACGAGAUCCAGCGCAAUCUCUUUCCGCGAUGGACGUUUGAGGUGGACGACGAGAACGCCCCGCGCAUCCGCCGCAUGUACGCGCGCGGUCUCCGAUGUCUGCUCCGCGCCUUUCUCAACCUCACGUUUUGGCGCUUGGAAGAGCUCAAGCUGGACCUGCUCGACGACUCGUGGCCCGAGACGGAUGUCUUGCAGUCCAAGUACACGACGCGCACUAAGCUCACGCGCGACAUUGUGCACAGUAUCAUCAUCUACAAGCACGCAAUGAAGGCAAUCUCGGAGCUCUUUACGAUCUGGAUGAAGGAGAGUGGGAGCUUGGGGCUGCGCUUCUGGCAGCACUGGAGCUUCUGGGCCAUCGGCUGGGUCGUCCCGUUGCUGCUGUUUUUCGUCGUCUUGCCACAGCUCGACGCACCGGCCGACGCUGUCGACUACUUUAUGAAGUGGUUCAUGGGUGGCUUCUUCGUCGUCGUGUACUUUCUCGUCUUGCUCUCAAUUCUCCAGCUCAUCAAGCAAAGCGAAAACAUGAUGGUCCAGGAGCGCCAAACCGUGCGCUUCUACCCUGUCCUUGGCUACCACGGCAACUACCUCGCGGUCUACGGCCUUUUUAUGGAGCUCGUGCAGCAAAACACCAUUCCGUUUAGCAAGACUGUCAAAUGGGUCUCGGGCUUCCAAAUGCCCACACUCGUUGCCGCGAUCGGGAGCCUCGGGAUUACAGGCAUCAACCUCGACGCGCUCAAUAUGCAGCCACUCGACGUGCUCUACCUCAAGGCAUACGGCGCGUCCGCAAUCGUGUUUGCGUACCUCGUGCUGCUCAAGUGCGCCAACAAGUUUCACAAGAGCUACCCCAAGCUCAACAAGCGCCUCACCAAGGACCUCCCGCCCAUCGUCAGCAGCAUCCACUUUGUCGCGAUUCUCAAUACGUUCUUAUCGUUCCUCUUUUGCUGCACGUGCGACCAGUUCCAAGACGCGUCCGAGUGCACGCACACGCAACCGUUCUUGUACGCGUAUCCUGACGUCGACCUCGUGUGCUGGAGCCCCGACCACCUCCCGCUGGCGUUUAUCGGGCUCGCAGGCCUCUCGUACUUUCUUCCAAUCGGCAUCCUGAGCGCCGGCAUGGCCGAGGUGCUCUUUCCGCGAGAGGACGUCGACAUCAAGUUUUCGCCCAUCAUCGUGCUCGCGAGUCAGCUCGGCAAGACGAUUGCGAUCGUCGCGGCGCUCUUCUUUACCUUUUACCGCGAGUACAUGGUAACGAUUGGCAUGGUCAUGAACAUCGGGCUCUUUGGCCUCACGCUCUACUGCAAAACGUCCUCGAUCUGGUAUGCGAGCAUCGUCAAGUCGUUCAUUUACGUCAUGUCGGUCUGGACGUCCAUCUGCGCGUAUGCGAAUCUCACGCUCGCGAAUCCCACGAGCAACCCGGUGUACUACCUGAACCUCGGGUGGUUUGCCAUCUUCAUCGUCGCGCUCGUCGUGCUCUUCCUCGAGAUGCGCGUGCGGAGCGCCCGUGAGGUGGCCUCCCGCGCCGAGCGGGUUCGCGACUACCAGCUUCUCAACGCCACCAACGACGACGUGCGCCUCACGGACUUUGAAGAAGACUUUAUGCGCCGGUCGCGCAAACCAACGACUUCGGCCCAGCUCGAGGCGCUUGCGCCUCCUGGGUUUCUCGCGGCUGCGCGCGCCAGGGCCAAGGCCAUGGAGAACCAGGAGCUGCCGCCGCACUUGGACGACUUCCUCGAGAAGGCCCGGCGGUCCGCCGAGCGCCCGUCUGUGAGCGAGACCAUGUUUCUUCGUCGGGCGCGCCGCCUCGGCCACCGCAUCGAGCUCUUCGAGAAGGGCGAGGCCGAGCGCGACGGCUACCGGCACAAAAAGGCGUAG